AUGUCUUCCGGGGCUGCUCAAUGCCAAUCUACACUUGCCACAGCCAAGUCCGUCGCUCAGCGACUCCAAAGUCGCUACUUCAAUCCAGGAAACGGGAAGUAUACUGGGGGGUCUCUCUGGACCGAUGCCGUAUUUCUCUCCCACCUGCGCAAUCUUCGCUCCAACCUGACGAACCCAUGGCAGAAUACUCUUGAGGAUCUCCACAACCUCAUGUUAGCUACGGGGGCUGACGAAUUUUCUACCGUGGCCGAUACCUCAUUUAUUGGAAGAGCGGCCCUUGAUGCAAACACGAACUGGCAAAAUAUUCUUGCUGGAAGUAACGACGACGCGGGGUGGAUUGUCCUUACUCUGUGGAAGAUAGCAAAUUAUAAAGGCAGCCGUGGACUCUCUACUAUGGCCUACUUGGCAAGUCAAGCACGACUUCAUCAGACCACCAUCGAUCUCAGAUGUCAAUUUCAGAAUAGCGCCAAGAAAAUAUACGACAUUAUCGCAGGCCAGUGGGAUUCGACCUGUGGUGGAGGCGUCUGGUGGUCCACUGCCCAUACGUACAAAAAUGCCGUCACAAAUGAGCUAUUCUUGUUACUGUCUGCCUCCGGGUUUCUUAGGUUUGGCGAUCAAGCAUACCUCGACAAUGCGCAGAAGACUUGGAACUGGCUCCUCAACUCUGGAAUGAGAAACGCGCAGGGUCUCUGGAACGACGGACUUGACAGUGCCACCUGUAGGAACAAUGGUCAGACGACCUGGACGUACAAUCAAGGGGUCAUCGCGUCUGGUCUUGCAGCACUCGCCGUGGCUAACAAAGACCCUUCGCUUCUCAAUCAAGCAGAAAUAACCUUGGACGCAACCAUCGCACGCAUAACUACGAACAACAUCCUCCGUGAAUCAUGCGAUAACGCGGCUUCGGGAGGGCCUGUCUGCAACCAAGACCAGCAAAUUUUCAAGGGCAUCUGGACGAAGCACCUUCAGUAUUACCUCGACACGGCCAGCGACCCGGCAUGCACAGCCAAGUGCAGCCCGUUCCUCGGAUCGCAGACUUCCGCCGUUUUUCACUAUGGAACGAAUGCAAACAACGACAUCGGCUCCGUCUGGUACGCUCCCAACCAGGCGCGUCCAAUUUCAUUCCUUGUGGUGCCAAACUUCCUCAUUACUUCCCAUCUUUCGGGGGGGAUCGGUCUUUACCCCGAAAACGAGCGCCAGUGGCUUGGCUGCCCAUAUCGCAGCGGCCAAUCGUAA